UCUGGUUUCUGGACGGGACGGACGUUUGUUUUCUUCCUAUCCUAUGCAGCAGGGGCAGAGCCAUGAUCACUCUUCUCUUUUCUCUCUGCAACCUGUCGACGUCGAAUUCGAACCCUAGCGUCUUUUCAAUAGAAGCAGCACUCCUGCAACUCAAUCAACAAACCCUACAUUUUUACUUGUAAGAAGUUUUAAUGGAAGAAAAGUUACGACGAUUAGAAUGCAUUAACCUUUCGAAAUCCUAACAUCAAGUACUUUCUCAUCCAUGGAUUCCCGUCGAGCUUCGAGGAUGGUGAUUGAUCCUAAACCUAAAGUACGUCAGGUCGGCUUCUUUACCCCCGGGGCGCCGCCUGAACGCACAAAGUCCAGUCCGGCUGAGUCCUUGUCGUCGCCUCCCACAUCUGACAUGUCGCCGGCCGGGAACUCUCUCUCUCCUGUCAUGAUUCCUCCUCCCCGUCACGCCUCCGAUAACCUCUCGUCUUCGUUGGGUCUUAAUUCGUCUCGUGUGCUUCCGGUUCCAGUUCCGAUGUCGCCAAUCCGGCGGCCUUCGACUGGGGACAAUCUCAACUUGCCACUUGGGAGCUACAAUCCUUCGGAGUCGCUCUUGGGGACCUCUCUUUCUCCUUCGAGUGGGUUUGACGACGAGGGACUCUCGGAGGAUACGUCGACUUCGGGCUGGUUUGUCAGGGGAAAUCCUGGCAAAGUUGCCUCGUCGUUUCCGAGUGGUGGAUUCGAUACAACGGCAAUGAAAUCGCGUAACAUUCCGGUGGUGAGCAAUCUGACAACUGUUUCCGUGGUGAAAAUGCCUCCUGGAUUGUCUGGUGGCAUUGCAGAAAAAGGUGGAACAUUGGUAGAGGUGCAACAUGAACAGGUGAGAGAUUCAAAACUGAAGGAGAAAACAUCAAAAGCUGAAAGACGUGCCCUUCAAGAGGCUCAACGAUCUGCAAAAGCUGCUUCUAGAGCUGAGGGAAGUAAGACUGCUGCUACUUCUGGAGGAGUGACUGCAGCAAAUGCAAAACCAGCUAAAGCUAAGGCUUCACAAAAGAAAGAGGGUUCUUCAGUGGCAUCUUCUGAUAGGAAGGGACCAGAAAAAGAUAGGAAGAAGGAUGUUCCUCAUCCACGCAUGCAAUUUGAUGAUAAGCAAAGGGUUGAAAAGGCUAAAAGGCGUGCAGUGGUUAAACAAACUGAAGCCAGAAAUAGAGUUGAGUUAUUUAGACAUUUGCCCCAAUAUGAGCAUGGAACUCAGCUUCCUGACCUUGAAUCAAGGUUUUUCCAACUUGAGCCAAUGCAUCCUUCUGUUUACAAGGUUGGGUUGCAAUAUUUGUCUGGAGAUACAUCUGGCAGUAAUGCACGUUGUAUUGCAAUGCUGCAAGCUUUCAAAGAGGCCAUCAAGGACUACACUACACCACCAGAAAAAGCUCUUGGUAGAGACCUGACUGCGAAAAUUAGUAGCUACGUUUCAUUUCUGAUUGAAUGCAGGCCCCUUUCAAUCAGCAUGGGAUAUGCAAUUAGAUUCUUAAAGAAUCGAAUUGCAAAACUACCUUUGACAUUUUCUGAGACAGAAGCAAAAGCAACUCUUUGUUCAGAUAUAGAUCGUUUUAUAAAUGAGAAGAUAAUACUUGCUGACAAAGCUAUAGUCAAGCAUGCUGUUACAAAGAUAAGGGAUGGAGAUGUACUUCUCAUAUAUGGGUCAUCCUGUGUUAUUGAAAUGAUACUUCUACAUGCUCAUGAGCUUGGGAGACAGUUUCGUGUUGUGGUAGUAGACUCACGGCCAAAGCUUGAAGGGAAGGCCUUGCUACGGCGAUUGGUGUCAAAGGGCCUCUGUUGUACAUAUACACAUAUAAAUGCUCUAUCUUAUAUAAUGCAUGAAGUGACAUUGGUUUUUCUAGGGGCUUCAUCAGUUCUGUGUAAUGGAACAGUUUAUUCAAGGGUUGGGACUGCAUGUGUAGCUAUGGUUGCUCAUGCAUUCCGUCUCCCAGUCUUAAUAUGCUGUGAAGCAUACAAGUUUCAUGAAAGGGUGCAGCUGGAUUCAAUUUGCUCUAAUGAACUUGGUGAUCCUGAUGUCAUUGCAAAGGUUCCUGGAAGGGAAGAUGUUGAUCAUUUGGAGAAUUGGGCUAAUAAUGAAAAUCUGCAACUUCUGAAUCUUAUGUAUGAUGUAACACCUUCAGAUUAUGUGUCCAUGAUUAUCACAGAUUAUGGCAUGAUCCCUCCGACAAGCGUGCCAGUCAUUGUGCGGGAAUACCGAAGAGAACACUUAUGGAUGUAGAGGGGCCGACAUGGUCAUUUUCCAUUAUUGAAGCAUGAAACCUUGUCUGUUUUCACUCCUUUUACAAAAAAGAAGGAAAAAAAGACUCUACUGGCCUUUGUUCAUGUGGUUGGGAUAAUAAGACCCUGAGUUAUUCUAGCUCACUUGGACUUGGGGGCUCUUUCCCCUUUCGGAAUUGGAUUUUCUACUCCCCAUCCCCCCUUAUUUUUCUCAUAACCUGACUCAGUGAAGAGUGCGAUUUCUUCGCCUCUCCGAGCAGUUUUUUGGGUAUGCAUCCAUUUCAGUUGCAGUGAGUUCUUUUCCCUUAUUAAGUUUUCCCUCAAUGUUGCAUUUUACGGGAUGUUGUUUUAUUUUUACACGGUAUUACCAUUACCAUAUACAGAUUAUCUGGAAAGAAGAAUUACAUGAUUUCCUUUCCCAA